AUGGGCUGCAGCGUGUGUCUCUGGCUGCUGAUCUCUCUCGGCCGCGUUUGGGGCAUGGGCCGUGGGGCGAGGGAGACUGUGCUGGGCACCUCGGGGAAGGCAACGAUAUUGCAGAUCCCCCCUGAACUCCAGAAACUCACCCUGCACUUCGGGGAGGCAGUCUGGAAGCGGGACACGGAGGACCCGCAGAGGAAGCUCGUCCUGCUCAAGUACUCGGAUGGCAACUACACCAACUACAUGCAGGGACGGACUCGCUUCCACAAGUUGGACUUCUCCUUGGAGAUCCUGAACACCAGCCGGCAGGACCGGCAGCUCUACGAGUACAUCGUCAGCAAGGGACCAGAGGAGAAAGUCUGGCAGAUACAGCUGGAGGUGUACGAGCCGGUGUCCGAUCCCAGCAUCCAGAUCCUCGGCUGGGCGCUGGCCAACGGCAGCUGCACCGUCACCGUCAACUGCACAGCGGAGCGAGGGGACAACGUCUCCUAUAGCUGGGGCAGCCGGGACACGGGCACCUUGGGGCUCUGCACCCGCAACGGCAGCCUCCUGCAGCUCUCUUACCCCCUGCAGAAUGCAAGCAUUGCCUGCGCCUGCACAGCCAGCAACCCCGUCAGCAGCCGGGUCGUCACCUUCAACUCCUCCGAGUGCAGCUACGAGCAAGGGAGCAGCACCGGGCUGAGGACAGAACAUCUCGUGCUGAUGGUGGUGGUGCCCAUCGUCGUAGUGAUCUUGCUCACCGGGGUCUUCUUGGCCAUCCAUUUGGACAUGCCUAAGACCGGCCAGGAGCCGGAGGACUCGCCGCUCGCCGAGGACAGUGCGGUGCACACCAUCUACUCCCAAGUGCAGCGGGUGCAGGGAGGGAAGGACCCCCGUGGCGAGCUGCCUGCCGCUGCUCAACCUUCACUCUCCAUGCAGAAGCAGAAAGGGGCCCCUGCUGCCGAGCACCCCUCCUGCACCACCAUCUACGCUGCAGCCACCGGCCUGCCCCCGGACACGUCCCCGGCCCCCCGCAGAGCCCCCUGCCCCCCUCGCAGCCCCCUGACAGAGCCGUCUGCCCUGCAGGACCACCCGCCCCUCUCGCAGAGCCCCGCCAAGGAGCCCACGACGGUUUAUGCCAGCGUGAUGAUGCCCAUAGCCUGA